CUCCACGGUGGACAAGUUCUGCUCACUCCUCACCGUUCGCAGCUCAUCCCACAGAUCUCUACAUCAGAAUCACCCAGAUCAGCAGCAUGUCCUCUGCGUGUGCAAAGUGCAUCGUGGGAGCCUGACGCAUCAUGUGCAAAUGGACGCCCCCCGUUCUCCGUCUCCGUCCUGACUUGGUCCUGGACGCCGUCCCCUCCGCUGGACGCUUUCUUCCUGGGGCCACCUCCUUCUGCGUGGCAUGCUUCACAUUGCUCCUGGUGGCCGGGACCGUCCUGGGAGAGUGUCCCCUGGGGGGUCAAGGGGGACCGGGUCAUGAGACUCUGCCGGGGCUGGCAGGGGGUACGAACUGCUCCUGGACACUAGAGCGUCACACCCGCAGCUACAACCACCUGGAGGGUGAUGUGCGGCUGCGAAGACUCUAUUCCGCCAACAAGUUCUUCCUGUGCAUCGACAAGACGGGCAAGGUGGAUGGGACCCGACGCAAAAACUACGCCGACAGUCUCAUGGAAAUACGAUCUGUCAGCGUUGGAGUCGUUGCGAUCAAAUCCGUCAGCACUGCCCUUUACCUGGCUAUGUCGAAAAGAGGCACGCUCUUCGGAUCGGUGAAAUACAGCUCCAACUGCAAGUUCAAGGAGCGGAUCGAGGAGAACGGCUACAACACGUACGCUUCCUUGCGCUGGAAACACGGCGGGAGGCAAAUGUUCGUCUCGCUAAAUGGCAGGGGGAAACCCCGGAGAGGUCACAAGGCUCGAAGGAGACACCCAUCCACGCAUUUUCUCCCCAUGUUGCCUUCAUAGCUCAAACUACAGACUCAGCAGCUACUAGCGUUAACUAAUACGAGUGUUAUUAUUAUUGUUGUUAUUGUCAUUGUUAUUAUUAUGAUUGUUAUUAUUAUUAUUAUUAUUACUACCAACUUUACCCAUAUGUGUACAUUUGUAGGGGUUUUAUAUACAAAUUUGUUUGUGAGAUUUGGGGGCAAAAUAAAUUAUUUUUUUCUUCCACAUUAGCUUAAGGUCCAAAAGAAGCUGCUAAUAUUAUGUAAAUAUAGUUUGUCUACUAUUGUUAUUGACAGUGAAGCUCAGCGACGACGAAAAAGCCCUUAUAAUAAAAGGUAAAAAUAGACGGUAAAUGGAUAAUUACUGGAGUGGGAGCAUUGAAGAACAUGAAGGGUAUAAAGGUUGUUAUUAAUGUCUUGGUUUUACUUUUCAAGAGACAAUGACUCCUUUUAAAGCGUCCUGUCAAUCAGCAGUAUAGCACAGGACAGAUGAUUUGGGUGUGUCCCAUGACGCAUGAAAGCGAACAAGUGACAUUCGUUUGGGCGGUUUUAUAACAGAUUUUCAUGGGAUCUUGAAGUUUGCACUAGACUGGUCUGUCUGGGGCCUUGGACUGUACCAGUCGAGGUCCCGGAUCACAGACAGUCAUGGCGAAGCUUGACUUGGACACAUUCAUCGAACAGAAAUGGGAGCUCUGUCAACAUUCCAUAAAUGCGAUGCAGUGGUGGGAUUUAUUUUCUUUUGUGCAAAAUCAAUGUUCUGUUUUUGUUCGUUUCUGUGAAAGCUUGGAUCAGCAUUUUUCUUCUUCCAUGGAGACUGACAGGUAACACACGUGCGGGGAGUCUGCUCCACUUUGGAACACGCCAGAGGUACAAGAGUGACUCCCAUGGGCCCAGAAUAGACAUCACGCACUGUAAACUCUGGACGUGAACGUGCAGUGGCCUCCCUGUAACCCAAGUGCUCUGGAUCUGCGUUCCACAAUAAGUCCACAUCAAGGGACCCAGCCUGUACCUAGACCUGCCUCUU